UUUAUCCUUUCUCGCGUUGUUUUGAAAUGAGUGAGCAGAGUGAGUCUGUUUUGACAGUAUGUAAGAGAAUUGGUUGUAUGAAUGAAGAACAUGAUGGAUUCAAACCUCACGAGAAAACUAUUGAACUCUGGAGAGAUUGGCUACGAAAAGGCGGAUUGGAGGAAGAAUCACUUUCAAAAGGCGAAGAGCAGCUUAGAAUUUGCUACAGACAUUUUAAGCAUGGAUCGUUAGGAGUGAGUGGUUCCGGGGAGUUCAUGCUGUAUUUAACUAAUCCUGAUGUUGCCGUUCCGAAACUCUACCCAUGGGACAAAAAAGACACCGACGAUCAGAUUAUCCAGUAUGAAAUAUCCAAAAGAUUAGCAAACUCCAUGGAUGUAAAGAGAAAGCCUGCAGAGCGUCCAAAGAGAAUCCGAAAUCGGAAGAGAACGGCUCAGUUAGACAGUUCGAUAGUUCCCAAGAAAAAGAAAACAGAUUACUCCUCACAACCCCGCAAACUCCUAAACUUCAACGUUUUGCUUCAAACUGCUUCCACCAUCGAUCAAGAUGCAUUAGGAGUGCAUCGCUUGAUUCCAUUUGCGCCUGUUCCGCAUAAUCUAAACCCAGCUCUGGGAGAAGAGUCUAACCACGCAAUGUGUGAAAUAAGAGAGGCUUUAUUGAGGCACGAUUGGAAUCUGGCUUUAAAAUUACUUCCUUCCAUCUUUAUGAAAAAACAUACCCUUCAGUUUAUUUGGCGUGCCUAUUUGCAAAUAUUCUGUCAUCAUCCGAACUCUAAUCCAGAGAUGCUUCACCAAUUGCUGGGAUUGUGCUUCAAUACAAUGAGCAUUACUGGUGAUCAGCUGAAGAAAGUGUUUUGUCUACCCAAGGAUAUUGAACAUGCUGGGAAUGCUUUGUCUAGAGAAGAGAAAUUUAGAAUGUGUCCUACCGUGUACAAAAAAGCCUCUGUGAUCCACAAGCUGGAGCAAAAUAUUCCUGACGAAAAGUUGAAAAAAUAUGUAAAGUACCCAAUAAUAAAUAACGACUCGUAAAUUUUG